AUGGCGACCUCAGAGAAGCCCGGCAAGAAGGAGAGGGACCCCUCCAAGGUCCACAAGCUGUCCCUCAAGGGCAGCGCCCGGCUUGUCGCCGAGUUCUUCCAAUACUCGAUCCACUCCAUCCUCUACCAGCGCGGCGUCUAUCCGGCCGAGGACUUCACCGUCGUCAAGAAGUACGGCCUGAACAUGCUGGUCUCGGCCGACGACCAGGUCAAGGCGUACAUCAAGAAGAUCAUGUCACAGCUCGACAAGUGGAUGGUCGGCGGCAAGAUCUCCAAGCUGGUCAUCGUCAUCACGAACAAGGACACCGGCGAGCACCUGGAGCGGUGGCAGUUCGACGUGCAGAUCUUUGCCCCGGCCAAGUCCUCAAAAUCCUCAAAAUCAUCCUCAUCAUCCAAGUCAAAAGACCCACAGGCGAACGGAAAGAGCACCACGACAACAACAGCAACAACAACAACAACAGCAGAAACAGGGAACGAAGAAAAUGCAGAGGGCCGGGGCGCAGGCGCGGCGGCAGUAGCAGCAGCAGCAGCGGCAGAGAACAAGACGGAGGCGGAGAUCCAGCAGGAGAUCGCCGCCAUCUUCAGGCAGAUCACCGCGUCGGUGACGUUCCUGCCGCAGCUGGACGCCGGCGAGUGCACCUUCAACGUGCUCGUCUACGCCGACGCCGACAGCGAGGUCCCCGUCGAGUGGGGCGACAGCGACGCCAAGGAGAUCGAGGGCGGCGAGAGGGUCCAGUUGCGCGGCUUCAGCACCAACAGCCACAGGAUCGAGACCCUCGUCAGCUAUAAGCAGAAGGACUGGUAG